AUGCAUCGUGUCAUGGAAGAACCAUCGUCGUCCACUGCGGCACUCUGCGCCGCCGAACAAGUCACCGACCUCCUCGCACCGUCGCGUGUUGCUCGCAACCUCGAACUCCACCUCGCGGCUGAAUCGGGCGACCUCGCGCUGAUUCGAUCUCUGCUCGCCUCCUCCCCCUCGCCUGUAUCGUCGUCCUCUUCAGAAACGGACGAAGGAGGCGUGGACGUAUGGUACGAGGAUCCGUCGAGCGCGAAUUGGUCCGCUUUGCAUUUUGCGGCCGAGCAGGGACACGUCGAGGUGGUGCGAUUGCUGUUGAGGAACGGUGCGAUAUGGAACGCUGUCGAUGCGAACGGGUUCACGGCUGCACAGGUUGCGUGGAGUAUGAACCAUGAAAGGUGUUAUCGGGAGAUUUUGGAGGAGGGUGUUAGACAGACGUUUUUGCUGAAUGCGUUGCGAGGCGCAGAAAGCGGAGAAAACGAAGAGGAGCACGAGAUUGGGCCGAGUGAAGCGAAACGGCUCAAAGCGGAUGGCGCGUGUGAUGCUGAUCGAGGUAGCGUGGUGACUUCGGCGGAUGGGAGACAUGUCACGUUGAAACCUGUUGCUUUGGACGUAGCUAACGACACAGAGCGUUAUCUUUGCACACCGCUUCGAUUCGUCCCGGAUUCGCUCGGGCAGGUACGGUGUCUAGAUGCCGACGACAACAUGGUAAUGGCACCCUGGGAGACGGAUAUCAUGCAGCUCUCGGCGUCGCUGCUGUGCUCGAAUCAAGCGCGCAACUUCAGCAUCCUCAACGUCGGCUUUGGUCUCGGCAUCAUCGACACGCUCAUCCAGACAUAUAAACCCGCACGCCACGUCAUCAUUGAAGCUCACCCGGACGCCAUCGCCUACGCUCACCAACUCGGCUUCGACAAACUUGCCGGCGUCGAGAUCUUCCAAGGUCGAUGGGAAGACUACCUCAUCCAUGCGGAUCCGGAUUCUGACGACGCCAUCGCCAAGAUGACCCAGCUCGGCUCGUUUGAUGCUGUCUACUUCGACACGUACAGUCAGGACUAUGCUGAUUUAAAAACGUUUUUCGAUGCACUACCCAACAUCAUGAAUGGUCCCGAUAGCCGAUUCAGCUUCUUCCACGGACUCGGCGCUACCAACCGCUUCUUCUACGAGGUGUAUACCAGGAUCAGCGAGCUCGAUCUCAAAGAGAUCGGAUUGACCACCCAAUGGACCACAAUGCAGCCCAAAGUCACCGAGCAAGAGUGGCAAGGCGUCAAACGCAAAUACUGGGAUCUAGCCGAUUAUUACUGCCCUCUAGCACGCUUCGAUGUACUCGACUAG